AACGUGUUGUUGUGGAAAAUCUCUGCGAUGAGUUUGCAAAAGCGGUUAAAGAUUAUGAAGAUAAGGCGAGAAGAAUUGGGAAUAAGUCACCAGUGAGUGAUAAAGUAAUUGUGCAGAUUGCAGAAGUGUGGAAUGACCAGAGAUUACAAAUGAAGCUAGAGGAAGAUGAUAAAACAUUUUUGCGAGCUAAGGAGAAGAGUACAUCACAGUCAAGUAAAGGAAGUGGCUUGAGAGCAAAACCAGAUGAUUCGGUUUCUAUGCAUCAAAGGGUUUGCUUGAAGGAACUCGAAGAAGGGCUUGAAAAGCGAACAAGAAGAGAUAACAAAUUGCAGCUUAAGAAGAAGAGCUCAUGCCAAGUUUUUAAUCUAUCUAUGUCUUCGGAAGGAGAUAAGAUUCAUCCAGAGAGUAGUCCAAGGAACGUUGAUGAUCAUGAGAGUCAAGAAAAGUCUAGAACUUUCUCGAAGAUUCUUCCGAGAAAUGUGAAUGUGAUGAUCAGAGAGGAUAAUCAUCGUACUCUCAAGGAUAAGCUGAUGGAAGCUCGUGUCGAGAGUCGACGUUUACGUUCUUCUUUGAAACCAGAGUGAUCCGGCUCAAGCAUGAACCAAUUUGAUAACUCGUGUCUCAUGUUGGAGUAAUUAUUUGGUUGUGGUUAAUAUUAAUGCUCGUUAAAAAAA